AUGGGUAUGUUUAGAGAGGGUGAAUGGGUGUGGAGUUUUAUGUGGGAAAGAGCUUUUAAUUUUUCUGAUUUUGUGAAUUUUGUGGAGUUGUGGUUUGUUCUUUACAGGAUUUCUCUCCGCCACUCAGUGAGUGACUCUAUCUUGUGGAAGGGUGCUAAUGCUGGAAAAUUUUCUACUAAGGAGAUGUAUUCAAACAUCCACAAAGCUAUCUUCACCGCGAAUAACUCACCGGUUGCAUUCAAAGACAUUUGGGCUAAAGGAGUUCCCAUCAAAGUUUCAUCUUUUGCCUGGAGAGCUCUUCUUGACAGAAUCCCAACGAGAGAAAAUUUGUUGAAAAGAGGAAUUAUGUUAGGGAAUGGUGGUCACUGCUGCCCUCUUUGCUCCUGCCUUUUGGAAUCCACCGAUCACCUCCUACUGUUGUGCAUGUUCUCUGUCAAAGUGUGGGAGCUUAUCUAUAAGUGGAUGAACAUUUCUCCCAUCUCUUCUGUUUCGCUUUUGGAACACUUCAAUGAGUUUGUUGAGCAAGGUGAGAAUAAGAAAGGAAAAUUGAUGUGCAACACCAUCUGGCAAUGUGUUUGUUGGAAGAUUUGA